AGCGGCCGUUAGACUCUCAGUGACUCUUGUUCAGAUCGCGCGGAAUUUCUAUCGCUCAGCAUACUUUCAGUGGCAUUGCAAAUAUUGCUGAUCAUUUGUACCUUUUCCUUGGCUCUAAGCUCAUACCACCCAAGGAGGAGUUGCUCCUACAAAGCGUGUGAAUUUAUAUCCCUUCAUCGGAAUGGGAUAGGAGUUCUGAGAGGAACCAGAGAAAUCAGGAUUAAAUCAGAAGGCUAUUAAACAGUUGAGAAAAAUAAUUUUAGUGGAAAAAAGAGAGAUUUUUCGGUUGAUCUUUCGUUUUGUGAAUUAAACCGUCAACUUUUGUCCAAUGAAUUUUUACCCGAGCAUUGUUGGGCAUUGAUGGAAGAAAAAAAAGUAGUUGUGAACAGGCGAUUUAGUGAAAUUUAAGUGGUUUGAACAAGUGAAACUCAACUCGCAAACGCGACGCAGCAUUAAGGUCGCCAAUUUUCUGCCUCUGCAAGAGUGUCUUCUCUUGUAUUUCUUCAUAAAAUCAACAUCAUAGAAAUUUUUUUAAUAAAAUAUUCGAGUGGAAUUUUACUGCAGUGAGAGUUUGUUGCAUCAGGUGGAUAACUAUAUAAAGCCCAUCAAAAGGAAUUUCUCCGCAGACAAAAAUGCUGCCGCCACGAUUGAUAAAGCUGGUGUUCGUUCUAUGUCUCCUCGUAGCCAUUUUCUUCUCACAAACAGACAGUGCACAAGCGACUGCACGCCGGAGAUUGCGACGACCAACCGGAAGCCCCGCCAUCGUCCGCACAGUUACGUCCAGUUCGAAGCGCGUUAAUGCUGUGGCAGAUAAAGCACAGGAUCGGUCAGAUCAGAUUCCAGCGCCAUCUGUAAACAGAUUCCGCGUUCGCAAUAAGAACAGGAUCGCUGUUGGGGCAGCGAGUGCAGCAGUUGCUGGAGCAGCAUCAACGUCCAUUCUGACGAGCAAAGAUGCUGGUAUUGACAAAGAUGGGUACAAAAUUGUGUGCUACUACACAAAUUGGUCGCAGUACCGCACAAAGGUCGGAAAGUUCCUGCCCGAGGAUAUCCCAUCCGAUCUCUGUACUCACAUUAUUUUUGCAUUCGGGUGGCUCAAGAAGGGCAAAUUGAGCUCCUUCGAAAGCAACGAUGAGACCAAAGAUGGCACUCCGGGCCUCUAUUCACGCAUCACCAACCUUAAAAAGGCCAAUCCCAAGCUUAAGAUACUCUUGGCUAUCGGUGGAUGGUCCUUCGGAACACAGAAGUUCAAGGAUAUGUCAUCUUCACGGUACGCUAGGCAAACCUUUAUUUAUUCAGCCAUACCCUUCCUGAGGCAGAGGGCUUUCGACGGUUUGGACAUUGAUUGGGAGUACCCCAAAGGAACUGAUGACAAGAAGAACUUUGUUCUGCUGUUGAAAGAACUGAAGGAAGCCUUCGAUGCUGAAGCCCAGGAAAUUCGUAAGCCUAGACUCCUCCUCACAGCUGCAGUACCCGUUGGUCCAGACAACGUUCGCGGUGGCUAUGAUGUUCCUGCUGUUGCCAGUUACUUGGACUUUAUCAAUUUGAUGGCCUACGAUUUCCAUGGAAAGUGGGAACGAGAAACCGGUCACAAUGCUCCACUGUAUGCCCCAUCUAGCGACUCUGAAUGGAGGAAGCAGCUAUCCGUAGACCAUGCAGCAGGACUUUGGGUAAAAUUAGGAGCUCCUAAGGAAAAACUCGUUAUCGGAAUGGCAACCUACGGGCGUACCUUCACCCUGGCCAAUACCGCUAAGCAUGGAGUCAAUUCUCCUGCCAGUGGAGGUGGCAAGGCUGGUGACUACACCAAGGAAUCCGGUUUCCUAGCUUACUAUGAGAUAUGCGAAAUGCUCCUCAAUGGUGCCAUUUAUGUUUGGGAUGAUGAGAUGAAGGUGCCCUACCUCGUUCACGGAGAUCAAUGGGUAGGCUUCGAUGAUGAGAGGUCCAUCCGCAACAAGAUGACAUGGAUCAAGACUGGUGGUUACGGAGGAGCUAUGGUUUGGACAGUUGAUAUGGAUGACUUCUCCGGUGGAGUUUGCGGUGGAAACGUUAAGUAUCCCCUGAUCUCAGCUAUGCGUGAGGAACUUAGAGGAGUUAAGCGUGCCAAAGAUGAGAAAGAUAUCGACUGGAGCAAGGUUGCUGCUACAUUCGAUGAUGAGCCAGUAGAACAGGCGAAACCGCUACCAAUCAAGAUUCCUGUGUCUGAACUUCUGGAGAAGGUCAGGAAGCCAUCAAAGAUCAACAAGAUCAAGCAUGGUCUUGCUACCAUUGACAAGCAUUCUCGUCCUGCUCAAGUCUUCUGCUACUUGACUAGUUGGUCAGCCAAACGGCCGGGUGCUGGAAAGUUCGAACCUAAGGAUGUAGACGCUAAGCUCUGUACCCAUCUAGUUUACGCAUUCGCCACCCUUAAAGAUCACAAACUCAGCGAAGCCGGUGAUGAUGAUCCGGAUAUGUACGACCAAGUUAUUGCGUUGAGGGAGAAGAAUCCAGAUUUGCAGAUUUUGUUGGCCAUUGGAGGAUGGGCCUUUGGAUCGACACCCUUUAAAGAGCUUACAUCAAAUGUCUUCCGCAUGAACCAGUUUGUCUACGAAGCCAUAGAGUUCCUGCGGGAGUAUCAGUUCAACGGACUCGAUGUAGACUGGGAGUAUCCUCGAGGAGCUGAUGACAGGAUAGCCUACGUGAAUUUGCUGAAGGAACUUCGAGUAGCCUUUGAAGGAGAAGCUAAGACAUCUGGACAACCAAGGUUACUCUUGACUGCUGCUGUACCAGCAUCGUUCGAAGCCAUUGCUGCUGGAUACGAUGUUCCUGAGAUCUCAAAGUAUUUGGACUUUAUCAAUGUCAUGACGUAUGACUUCCAUGGACAAUGGGAACGCCAAGUUGGUCACAACUCUCCGCUAUAUCCUUUGGAUUCAGCAACUGGGUACCAGAAGAAACUCACAGUGGACUUUAGUGCUAGGGAAUGGGUCAAACAGGGAGCACCCAAGGAGAAACUGUUGAUCGGAAUGCCAACCUACGGACGCACCUUUACUCUUGUCAAUACAACGCAGUUUGAUAUUGGAGCCCCUGCCAGUGGAGGUGGAAAUCCUGGAAAGUUCACAAGUGAAGCUGGCUUCCUGAGUUACUACGAGAUCUGUGCCUUCCUGGCUGGCAGUAAUACAACCCUUGUAUGGGAUUCUGAACAGCAAGUGCCAUUUGCCUACCGCAAGGACCAAUGGGUCGGAUUUGAUGAUGAGAGAUCACUGAAGACGAAGAUGCAAUGGCUGAAGGAGCAAGGCUUCGGAGGAAUUAUGGUUUGGUCAGUGGAUAUGGAUGACUUUUCGGGCAAAUGCGGUGGUGGAAGGUAUCCACUUCUGGCUGCUCUGAACAGCGAACUGAAAGACUACAAGGUUGCCCUUGAGUACGAUGGUCCGUUUGAGUCUUACGGACCACGUGGAGCGUAUACAACGAAAGAUCCCAACGAAGUGACUUGUGCCGAGGAAGAUGGCCACAUUAGCUACCACCGUGACAAGAACGACUGCACACAUUACUACAUGUGUGAGGGUGAACGUAAGCAUCAUAUGCCAUGUCCAGCCAAUUUGGUGUUCAACCCGUCGGAAAAUGUAUGCGAUUGGCCGGAAAAUGUCGAAGGAUGCCAAGAGCAUACACAGGCUCCUCCAGCAAAGUAGUCAACUGAGGAUCCCAUGAGUUCCAAUCUCACCCACGAGCUUAAUCUUAAUAAAGUUACAAUACUUUAAUGUUUAAGAACUCCUCCACCUUCGACCAAUCAUCACAAGGAUUUUUUUCCAAUGGUUUUUAUUGUAAUGUUUUCUCAAAAGAAAAAAAAAGAAAGAAAAAUCUAACAUCACAAAUUGAGAUUCAUCCAGCUGAUGCCUCCCUGCAAAAAAAACUGCCCGGAUGUAAUUUAUUAUUUUAUACAAAACAGAACCUGCCUAAAUGUGCUUUCUUAAUUUUUUAUAUCUUUCUAUCGUUUAUUUCUAAGUUAUUUUUAUUAACUCUCGCCUUUUUAGUUUGUAGAUGAGACAAUCAGAUUAAGAUGAAAGAGUGACUAAACGAGAAAAUUCAUGUACUUCCUCCUUGAACGAAUAAAAAAAAUUCUACAUAACCUUAAAAGAGAUUAAGGAAUUUGCCCCUCUUAACCCUAUGCACAUUUUUCAAAUUUCUAAACUCUUUUUGACUAAUGAAAGCUCAAUUAAUGUAAAAUCUGUGAUAAUUUCAAAUCUUUCUAUCUAUCCUGAAGUUUUUUUUCAAGAAUCUUUUCUUUGAUUUUGCCCCUACAAAAGAUCCGUUCAAGCAUCCUUCAAAUGCAAACCCUAUUGUUCCAAAAACGAAAAAAAGGAUAAUCAAGCAGGGAUUGGAAGUACAUUUUUGAAAUUUUUGAAAAGAAUCCAAUAAUGUAUAUUUGAAGUAUUUUACGAGGUUGUGUAAGAAGACAUAAUGUAUAAAAAAAAACGUUACAAAUUAUUAUAUCUGACAAAUAAAAUGUUAAUAUAAUAAGA